GUAAACAGUUCACGACAAGCCGUAUUCCAAGUAGCGCAGCGAGUCCCCACGUGAAUACGGGAAAGUUUCACGCCUGGGUGCUUCUUUUUAAGAAGUUUUAGCUCCGUUAAGUGCUGCGGCAGUAACACGGACCCUGUACGGAAGGCGGGACCGGCAGGAUGCUGUAUCUGAUCGGUCUGGGGCUCGGAGACGCCACAGACAUUACAGUGAAGGGUUUACAGGCGGUGAAGAGCUGCUCCAGAGUUUACCUGGAGGCCUACACAUCCAUUCUCACCGUGGGCAAAGAGGCGCUGGAGGAGUACUAUGGGAAGCAGCUGAUCCUGGCAGACAGAGAUCUAGUUGAACAAGGAGCUGAUCAAAUCCUGGAGGAUGCAGAUGUCACUGAUGUGGCAUUUCUGGUGGUGGGCGACCCAUUUGGAGCCACCACACACAGUGACCUAGUGCUGAGAGCAGUGAAUGCUGGGAUACCAUACAAAGUCAUUCACAAUGCCUCCGUCAUGAAUGCAGUGGGCUGCUGUGGUUUGCAGUUGUAUAAUUUUGGAGAAACGGUGUCUGUAGUGUUUUGGACAGAGACGUGGAGACCAGAGAGCUUCUACGACAAAAUUUGUAAAAACCGAACAGCUGGACUGCACACACUCUGUCUGCUGGAUAUUAAAGUCAAAGAGCAGAGCAUCGAGAACAUGAUGAGAGGGAAGAAGAUCUACGAGCCUCCUCGCUUCAUGACAGUCAACCAGGCUGCAGAUCAGCUAAUACAGGUCAUCCAAAGGAGGAAGGAGGAGGGCGAGGAGUUGGGCAUGACGGAGGACACAGUGUGCGUUGGCGUGGCCCGACUCGGCUCUGACGAACAAAAGAUCCGUGUAGGAACAUUAAAUCAGCUGGUGUCAUGUGACCUCGGUGCUCCACUCCAUUCGCUGGUCAUCACCGGUCGACUCCACCCGUUGGAGGUGGACAUGCUGCGAGUAAAUGCAGAACCAAACGCACUGGAAAACCUGCACAUGAUUGACAGCUCAACCUACACCUCUUGACACACUUGUUCACCUGCUUGUCUACAACUACCAUUAGUGACACACUAUAUAAUCCCAGGCCCCAAAUGGUAACUUAAACUGCACCCUGAGGCAGACCUUGAGCCUUCCCAAUUAACUUUUUUGUUGUUGUUGUUGUUAUGUGAUAAAAACAGCCAUACAAGGCUGAGUCAUUAGUCAGGAUUCAGUGGCAUUAAUAUUAAGCAUUUCCCUAAUUCCCAAACUCUGAAUCUUUUUGGGGCCAAAAAUGUUCCCUAACUGUGAUGGAUUUAAAGUAAUCCUCACAAAGAAGUCACAAACACAGAUGCAGAAAAAAUGAAUUAAAGUAAUAUAUUUAAAAAAAACAUUUGAAGGAGGCAGGAAAUAUGUUUGAACUCAGCUCCAACUUGUGAUCAUGUCAUGUUAAACCUGCAUGUUUCCACUCGUGCAGAGGCACCGCUGUUUACAAUUCUGAUAUUAAAACCAAGUACAAAUAUUA